CUCUGACCAUCACCACCACCCUCACUCGCCCACUUCAACGCUUCUAUCCCCAGUGAGUAUUUGGUCCCAUCUGCUCCCACAACAGCACUGAGAUGAUUUGACAGCUCUCAAUCUAAUUAAAUAUGUCUGGACGCGGCAAGGGUGGCAAGGGUCUCGGCAAGGGCGGUGCUAAGCGCCACCGCAAGAUUCUUCGUGACAACAUCCAGGGUAUCACGAAGCCCGCUAUCCGUCGUCUCGCUCGUCGUGGUGGUGUCAAGCGUAUCUCCGGCCUUAUCUAUGAGGAGACCCGUGGUGUCCUCAAGAUCUUCUUGGAGAAUGUGAUCCGGGACUCCGUCACGUACACUGAACACGCCAAGCGCAAAACCGUUACCGCUCUCGAUGUCGUGUACGCGCUCAAGCGAUCCGGCCGCACUCUCUACGGUUUCGGCGCUUGA